CCCUAUUCUCUGUUACACCUUCAGAUUUAGAACUUCCCACAGAGAAACAAAUCGAGCAACGUUGAAGAAGGAGAAAGGUUGCACGCAUUGAGCUUUGUGGAAAUGGCUGGUGCGUGGAGUCGAAGCGCAUCCUCGCUUGGCUUCUGGAUCGUACUGAUCGGAAGCCUAUUUGCAUUCUCCAUCGCUAAGGAGGAGGCUGCAAAAAUUGGAACCGUUAUUGGAAUAGAUCUUGGUACAACGUAUUCCUGUGUUGGUGUUUACAAAAAUGGUCACGUUGAAAUCAUAGCGAAUGACCAAGGUAACCGCAUCACCCCUUCAUGGGUUGCCUUCACUGAUGGGGAGAGGUUGAUCGGUGAGGCUGCAAAGAAUCAGGCAGCUGUUAACGCCGAAAGGACCGUCUUUGAUGUCAAGAGACUGAUAGGAAGAAAGUUUGAGGACAAGGAAGUCCAGAAGGACAUGAAGCUUGUUCCUUACAAGAUCAUUAACAAGGAUGGAAAACCUUACAUCCAGGUCAAGAUAAAAGAUGGUGAAACAAAGGUCUUCAGUCCAGAGGAGAUCAGCGCCAUGAUUUUAACCAAGAUGAAGGAGACAGCUGAGGCUUACCUUGGAAAGAAAAUCAAAGAUGCUGUUGUCACUGUCCCUGCUUACUUCAAUGAUGCUCAGAGACAAGCCACUAAAGAUGCUGGCACAAUUUCUGGGCUGAAUGUUGUGAGAAUUAUUAAUGAGCCAACUGCUGCAGCAAUUGCAUAUGGUUUGGACAAGAAGGGUGGUGAAAAGAACAUCCUUGUUUUCGACUUGGGUGGUGGAACUUUUGAUGUCAGUAUCUUGACCAUUGACAAUGGUGUGUUUGAGGUUCUUGCAACAAAUGGAGACACUCACUUGGGAGGUGAGGACUUUGAUCAGAGAAUUAUGGAAUACUUCAUCAAGUUGAUCAAGAAGAAACACGGAAAGGACAUCAGCAAGGACAACAGGGCCCUCGGAAAGCUUAGGAGAGAAGCCGAGCGUGCCAAGAGAGCUUUGAGCAGUCAGCACCAAGUCCGAGUUGAGAUUGAGUCUCUUUUUGACGGCACUGAUUUCUCCGAGCCACUCACCAGAGCUCGUUUCGAAGAGCUGAACAGUGACUUGUUCAGGAAGACCAUGGGUCCCGUGAAGAAAGCCAUGGAAGAUGCCGGCUUGGAAAAGAACCAAAUUGACGAAAUCGUCCUUGUCGGUGGUAGCACAAGGAUUCCAAAGAUCCAACAGCUUCUCAAGGACUACUUUGACGGAAAAGAGCCCAACAAGGGUGUUAACCCCGAUGAGGCAGUUGCUUAUGGCGCUGCUGUCCAAGGAGGAAUUCUGAGCGGUGAGGGCGGUGAUGAAACUAAAGACAUUCUUCUCUUGGAUGUUGCUCCAUUGACUCUCGGCAUCGAAACUGUUGGAGGAGUGAUGACCAAAUUGAUUCCGAGGAACACCGUAAUCCCGACCAAGAAAUCCCAAGUCUUCACCACAUACCAAGAUCAACAAACCACCGUAACUAUUCAGGUCUUUGAGGGUGAAAGAAGUCUCACAAAGGACUGUCGCCUGCUCGGCAAAUUCGAUCUCACCGGAAUUGCCCCAGCACCAAGGGGAACCCCGCAGAUCGAAGUCACAUUCGAGGUCGACGCCAACGGCAUCCUUAACGUGAAGGCUGAGGACAAGGCCUCCGGCAAGUCGGAGAAGAUCACAAUCACCAACGACAAGGGACGUCUGAGCCAAGAAGAGAUCGAACGCAUGGUGAAAGAGGCAGAGGACUUCGCCGAGGAGGACAAGAAGGUGAAAGAAAGAAUCGACGCGAGGAACAGCCUGGAGACAUACGUGUACAACAUGAGGAACCAGAUCAACGACAAGGACAAGCUGGCUGACAAACUGGAGGGCGACGAGAAGGAGAAGAUCGAGACGGCGACAAAGGAGGCACUCGAGUGGAUGGAUGACAACCAGACGGCGGAGAAGGAGGACUACGAGGAGAAGCUUAAGGAAGUAGAGGCAGUGUGCAACCCUAUUAUCAGUGCCGUGUACCAGAGGUCCGGCGGCCCUGGUGGCGCCGACAAGGCGGAUGACGAUGAAGAUGGUGACCACGACGAGCUGUAGAAGAAAGAAGCCUGUUUAAUAGUUUUUAAUUUUUUUUUUUUUUUGUUUUAAGGGAUUUUUUAAAAAAUGGUGUGUAGUUUAUAGGGGAGAUACUAUGCUUGAGUUCUUGCUGAAUUUUUGCUGUUUUGAGUUUUGAGAAGAUGUUCAUGAGGAGGAUGACGACGUUAUUUGUCGCAAUUGAUCACAUGCCUCUAUAAUCUGUACUGGUAAGAGCAAGAACGUGCACCUUAACAUGGUUGGAUUUUUUCGUCUACAAA